GUCAAGUUUGCCGCUGUUGAUGGAUGGGAUGUGUCUCGUCUCCAGCAAAUAUACCCAAUUAACACAAUGUGGGGAAACACGAACAUGGCAUCACCAAAACGAGAACAGCUCAUUUAAUACACUUUUUGGUUCCAUAACUUGGCGCAGAAGACAGAUGGAAUAAUAAUACUAGGGCCCAAUGUCUGUUGUUGGUCUUUUCUUCUUGUUGCUGUGCGUGUUGACGACACCAUAACAACCCCCAGCCACGCCGCCAUACCAUACCAUCAAUUCAGCCAGCCACACAUGCGCCGACCCUUUGGAUCCUCAACCCAACUCCGAUAAACGUCCCCAUUGCCAACGCAUCCGAUCGUUCGAGAUUAUCCAUCACCCUUUCACAACCCUCAACCUUCCUCUGCCUAUCCUUAUCCUCAUCCCCCUCCUCCUCCUUCCUCCUCCUUAUCCCCCUCCUCGUCCUCGUCCUCGUCCUCCUCACCUCGCCAGAUAGGCGGGGCAAGUAUCAUAGUUCAACAUGUCAGACUCAGUCGACCGCGUCUUCGUCCACGCGCUCGCCACCGUCAAAAAAAUCCCCAAAACCGGCGCCUCCCGCCCCCCACCGACCGACCGGAUGCGCCUCUACGGCCUCUACAAACAAGCAAUGGAAGGCGACGUCGACGGCGUGAUGGAGCGACCAACCUCGUCCUCCUUCCCCAACCCAGAAGAACUCGCGCGGGAGCAAGACAAGUGGGAUGCUUGGAAGUCACAGACGGGAUUGUCGCGGACGGAGGCAAAACGCCGCUACGUCGAGGCGUUGAUCGAGACGAUGCAUAGGUAUGCUAAUACGCCCAAUGCGCUUGAGUUGGUGAAUGAGCUGGAGUUUGUGUGGAAUCAGGGUAAGGGGCGAGGGGGGCUGGCGGGCUUUACGCAGGUCAUCAGACGGUUUGGUGGAGGGAGGGUGGAGGAACAGCCGAUGAGGGUUAUAAGUCCUAUGAGCGAGCCGGAUGAGAGCGAGGCCAGGAUGGUGGAGCUGGCCGGGGAGGAUGGGGAGGAGAAUGAGGGGGGGUUUAGGGGGAGGAGCGAUAAACGGUCCAAAAGGAUGGAGCGGGCGAUUGUGAGGUUGUCGGCUGAAAUCGCCGCGUUGAGGGAGCAGAUUGCUACGGGAAGGGAGUGGAGGACGAAGAAGGAUAGGGGGUUGGGGGCGUGGGUGAGCUGGGGGUUUUGGGGGGCGGUGAAGCAUUUUACUGUUGAUCUGCUUCUGCUUGUUCUGCUGCUUGUUUGGAUGAGGAAGAGGAAGGACAGGAGGUUCGAGGAUCACGUGAGGGGGUUGUUCAGGUUGGGGAGGGAGUAUGCUCGGAAGAUACUGCCUUCGAGAUGA